CGCCCCUCCCGCGGCAGUUGGCCAUAUAGAGGCUGGGGGCGGGGGGAGGUCAAGCGGAGCUUCUUCUCCUUUACCAAGAUGGCGGCCUGUCCCCGUUUGGCCACGCUUCCUACCUUGUGAGCUUGGUGUCCUCACGCUGAUAAGAGUGGAGCAGCCCAAGCUGGGAGGCUGACAGGCGCCUCAGGACGGACUUCCUGGCUACCGACCGUUUUGCUGUCACUUCCCCAGACUGUGCACCGGCGUGAGACCAGCCAUGAGCUCUGUCGCAGUCCUAACCCAGGAGAGCUUUGCCGAACACCGAAGUGGGCUGGUUCCGCAGCAGAUCAAAGUUGCCACUUUAAAUUCAGAAGAGGAGAGCGACCCUCCAACCUACAAGGAUGCCUUCCCUCCACUUCCGGAAAAGGCAGCUUGCCUGGACAGUGCCCAGGAGCCGGCUGGAGCAUGGAGCAACAAGAUUCGGCCCAUCAAGGCCUCUGUCAUCACUCAGGUGUUCCAUGUGCCCCUGGAGGAGAGGAAAUACAAGGACAUGAACCAGUUUGGGGAAGGUGAGCAAGCCAAGAUCUGCCUGGAGAUCAUGCAGCGGACGGGUGCUCACCUGGAGCUGUCUCUGGCCAAAGACCAAGGCCUGUCCAUCAUGGUCUCGGGAAAGCUGGAUGCUGUCAUGAAGGCUCGCAAGGACAUUGUCGCCCGACUGCAGACCCAGGCCUCAGCCACUGUUGCCAUCCCUAAAGAACACCACCGCUUUGUAAUCGGCAAAAAUGGAGAGAAACUGCAAGACCUGGAGCUAAAAACUGCCACCAAAAUCCAGAUCCCACGCCCGGACGACCCCAGCAAUCAGAUCAAGAUCACAGGCACCAAAGAGGGCAUCGAGAAGGCUCGCCACGAAGUGCUGCUCAUCUCUGCCGAGCAGGACAAGCGUGCGGUGGAGAGGCUGGAGGUGGAAAAGGCCUUCCACCCCUUCAUUGCCGGGCCCUACAACAAACUGGUGGGUGAGAUCAUGCAGGAGACCGGUACACGUAUUAACAUCCCUCCUCCCAGUGUCAACCGCACUGAGAUCGUGUUCACGGGAGAGAAGGAACAACUGGCUCAGGCCGUGGCUCGCAUCCGCAGAAUCUAUGAGGAGAAGAAGAGGAAGACCACGACCAUUGCAGUGGAGGUGAAGAAAUCACAACACAAAUAUGUCAUCGGCCCGAAGGGCAACUCGCUGCAGGAGAUCCUGGAGAGGACUGGCGUGUCUGUCGAGAUCCCACCCUCAGACAGCCUCUCCGAGACGGUCAUUCUUCGAGGCGAGCCCGAGAAGCUGGGGCAGGCACUAACAGAAGUCUAUGCCAAGGCCAACAGCUUCACCGUCUCCUCCGUGUCUGCACCAUCCUGGCUUCACCGCUUCAUCAUCGGCAAAAAGGGGCAGAACCUGGCCAAGAUCACUCAGCAAAUGCCAAAGGUUCACAUUGAGUUCACAGAAGGAGAGGACAAGAUCACCCUAGAAGGCCCCACAGAGGAUGUCAACUUGGCCCAAGAGCAGAUUGAAGGCAUGGUCAAGGACUUGGUCAACCGCAUGGACUACGUGGAGAUCAGCAUCGACCACAAGUUCCACAGGCACCUCAUUGGCAAGAGUGGAGCCAACAUAAACAGAAUCAAAGACCAGUACAAGGUGUCCGUGCGCAUCCCCCCUGACAGUGACAAGAGCAGCCUGAUCCGCAUCGAGGGUGACCCCCAGGGUGUGCAGCAGGCCAAGCGGGAGCUGCUGGAGCUGGCGUCUCGCAUGGAGAAUGAGCGAACCAAGGAUCUAAUCAUCGAACAGAAGUUCCACCGCACCAUCAUCGGGCAGAAGGGAGAGCGGAUCCGUGAGAUUCGUGACAAAUUUCCAGAGGUCAUUAUCAACUUUCCAGACCCAGCACAAAAGAGUGACAUCGUCCAGCUGAGAGGACCCAAGAAUGAGGUGGAGAAGUGUGCCAAGUACAUGCAGAAGAUGGUGGCAGAUCUGGUGGAAAACAGCUAUUCAAUUUCUGUUCCGAUCUUCAAGCAAUUCCACAAGAACAUCAUUGGCAAAGGCGGUGCAAACAUUAAGAAGAUUCGAGAAGAAAGCAACACCAAGAUCGACCUUCCCGCAGAGAACAGCAACUCUGAGACCAUCGUCAUCACGGGCAAGCGGGCCAACUGUGAGGCCGCCCGGAGUCGGAUUCUGUCCAUUCAGAAAGACCUGGCCAACAUUGCCGAGGUGGGGGUUUCCAUCCCUGCCAAGCUGCACAACUCCCUCAUCGGCACCAAGGGCCGCCUGAUCCGCUCUGUCAUGGAGGAGUGUGGGGGCGUGCACAUCCAUUUCCCUGUAGAAGGUUCUGGCAGUGACACAGUCGUCAUCAGGGGUCCCUCCUCGGAUGUGGAGAAGGCCAAGAAGCAGCUGCUGCACCUAGCAGAGGAGAAGCAAACGAAGAGUUUCACCGUGGACAUCCGUGCCAAGCCGGAAUACCACAAGUUCCUCAUCGGCAAGGGUGGCGGCAAAAUCCGCAAGGUGCGUGACAACACCGGAGCGCGUAUCAUAUUCCCAGCGGCCGAGGACAAGGACCAGGACCUGAUCACCAUCAUCGGGAAGGAGGAAGCCGUGAGGGAGGCACAGAAGGAGCUGGAGGCGCUCAUUGCCAAUCUGGACAACGUGGUGGAAGACCACAUGCUGGUGGACCCCAGGCACCACCGGCACUUUGUCAUCCGCAGAGGCCAGGUCCUGCGGGAGAUCGCCGAGGAGUAUGGCGGGGUGAUGGUCAGCUUCCCGCGCUCGGGCACACAGAGUGACCGAGUCACCCUCAAGGGCGCCAAGGACUGUGUGGAGGCCGCCAAGAAACGCAUCCAGGAAAUCAUCGAGGACCUGGAGGCCCAGGUGACGUUGGAGUGUGCCAUCCCCCAGAAGUUUCAUCGCGCUGUCAUGGGCCCCAAAGGCUCCAGAAUCCAGCAGAUCACCCGGGACUACAACGUCCAGAUUAAGUUUCCCGACAGAGAGGAGAACCCAGUUCACAGCAUGGAGCCAGCAGUCCAGGAGAACGGCGAGGAGGCCGGGGAGGGGAGAGACUCGAGGGAAGCAGAGCCGGGGUCUCCCCGCAGGUGUGACAUCAUCACCAUCUCCGGCCGGAAGGAGAAGUGCGAGGCUGCCAAGGAAGCCCUAGAGGCGUUGGUUCCUGUGACCAUUGAGGUAGAGGUGCCCUUUGACCUUCAUCGGUACAUCAUUGGGCAGAAAGGAAGUGGAAUUCGCAAGAUGAUGGAUGAGUUCGAGGUGAACAUCCAUGUACCAGCCCCUGAGCUACAGUCUGACGUCAUUGCCAUCACGGGCCUCGCCGCCAACCUGGACCGGGCCAAAGCUGGCCUCCUGGAGCGGGUGAAGGAGCUACAGGCCGAGCAAGAGGACCGGGCUUUAAGAAGUUUUAAGCUGAGCAUCACUGUAGACCCCAAGUACCAUCCCAAGAUCAUCGGGAGGAAGGGGGCAGUGAUCACACAGAUCCGCACGGAACAUGACGUGAACAUCCAGUUUCCUGAUAAGGAAGACGGGACUCAGCCCCAGGACCAGAUCACCAUCACAGGGUACGAGAAGAACACAGAGGCCGCCCGGGACGCCAUCUUGAAAAUUGUGGCUGAACUUGAGCAGAUGGUGUCGGAGGAUGUGCCUUUGGACCACCGUGUGCACGCCCGCAUCAUCGGUGCGCGUGGCAAAGCCAUUCGCAAAGUCAUGGAUGAGUUCAAGGUGGACAUCCGCUUCCCGCAGAGUGGAGCCCCAGACCCCAACUGUGUCACUGUGACGGGGCUCCCUGAGAAUGUGGAGGAAGCCAUCGACCACAUCCUCAACCUGGAGGAGGAAUACCUGGCGGACGUGGUGGACACCGAGGCGCUGCAGGCUUACAUGAAGCCCCCGGCCCACGAGGAGUCUAAGGCGCCCUCCAAAGGCUUCGUGGUGCGGGAUGCUCCCUGGACCUCCACCACCAGUGAGAAGGCUCCUGACAUGAGCAGUUCUGAGGAAUUCCCCAGCUUUGGGGCUCAAGUGGCUCCCAAGACCCUUCCUUGGGGCCCCAAACGAUAAUGACCCCAAAGCAAACACCGCUGCAGCUGUUGCCCUGAUUUGACCUGGCCGCAGCUGGGCCCCUCGUCACUUGUUGCCGCUCCCCCUCCCCGAGGUCUCACAGUGAAGCCCAGCCAGGCACCCAGUGAGCUCAAGAUCCGCCCCCAGCACCCUGCUCUGGGACAGGCCUCCGCUGUUGCAAACACUACGCCCAGGUGACCCUGGCCCACCCAGCAUGUCCGUGAGCACGCUGACCUUCAUCUCCAACAGCGCCACACCUGUGGCUGGGAGUCGACUUCCUGUGUCAUGACCUCAGGAAAUAAAUGUCCUUGACUUUAUAAAACCCAAA